UACAUAAUGUGUAACAUGUUUCAGAAAGAUGUUUGUGGAGACAAAGGCGAAUGAAACAUCACCCUGUUUGUUUUCUUUAUUCGAAAAGUUUUGUUGUCAUAAAUGAUGGAGUAUUAUAAUAAGUUCAUUCCACUUUAAUCAGAAAAAAGUCUGUCAAACUGCUCUCACACUUUUUGCAGAAAUUGCAGAAACAAAGUUGAAACAAUGACUUUAACAAAUUGACACAUAAUCAGUUUUUUUUUAUUUACUCUCAUUUAGAUGUUAGACUGGUAAAUGGAGCUAAUCUGUGUUCUGGAAGAGUGGAGGUUUUAUAUAAUAAUCAAUGGGGAACGGUCUGUGAUGCUGACUGGGAUUUAGCAGAUGCUGCAGUGGUGUGUAGUAGCAUGGGUUGUGGGAUUCCUGUAGCAGCAAUGACCGGUGCUUCCUAUGGGCAGGGUUCAGGACCCGUGUGGCUGGAUGGUGUGAGUUGUUCUGGGAAUGAGCCAACAGUAAAAAAUUGUCCAUCAAAGGAAUUAGGAACAAGUACCUGCACCCAUGGACAAGAUGCUGGAGUCGUCUGUCGAGAUAUAAAGGUGGUGAAUGGUUCGAGUCCAUGUAAUGGCAGACUUCAGGUUCUUUAUGAUGAUCACUGGGGUGGAGUUUGUCACACUGGCUGGGGUCUGGAUGAAGCUGCAGUUGUGUGUAAAGAGCUGGGCUGUGGUGGUGUUGUAGAGCUACAGUCAUAUGUUGGUCCAUUUGAUGGGCCAAUAUGGAUGGAUAAUCUUACAUGUACAGGAAAAGAGUCGACAUUGCGGGCCUGUCCAUUUACUGGAUGGGGUGUGAGCAGUUGUGCGGACGGUCUUUAUGCAGGAGUUGUUUGUAAUGAUGUUCGACUGGCAAAUGGAUCUAAUCUGUGUUCUGGAAGAGUAGAGGUUUUACAUAACUAUCAAUGGGGAACCGUCUGUGAUGCUGGCUGGGAUUUAACAGAUGCUGCAGUGGCGUGUAAUAGCGUGGAUUGUGAGAAUCCUGUAGCAGCGACAACCGGGGCUUUCUUUGGGCAGGGUUCAGGACCCGUGUGGCUGGAUGAUGUUAUAUGUUCUGGGAAUGAGUCAACAGUGAUGGAUUGUUUGUCAAUGGAACUAGGAACAAGCACCUGUGGCCAUGGAAAAGAUGCUGGAGUCAUUUGUAACCGUGAGCUUAAAAUCUCUGUUGCAUAUAUACACACAAUAAUUUAAACCCUGUCAUUAUUUAUUUGCUCUAGAAAUUGCCAUUCUAAACCUGUUGGCUUACACAAAUAAAGACAUUUUAAGGAA